AUGGAAAAAAUUAAAACAACACCCUUACAAGAACAAAAUUGUGUUCUAGUUGACAACUUUGCCAUCUUUGUUCAAAUCCUAUUAGGGACAAUUGCAUUUUCAACCCUCAUUUAUAAAAGACACAGAGAGAGACCACAAAGACCAUUACGUAUAUGGUUUUAUGAUGUGAGCAAGCAAUUGCUAGGAGCUGCAAUAGUGCAUGGAUUAAACAUUAUCGUAUCAUAUUUAGCAGGCUCGGUUGAUGAAGGCGACACAAAUCCUUGUGUAUGGUACUUUCUUAAUAUUCUCAUAGAUUGUACCUUGGGCGUAUUUAUAUUAUAUGUGCUAAUAAAGACUGUUGAACUCAUAGUGGACAAUGUUGGCAUAGAAGGCAUGAAGAGUGGAGAUUAUGGACACCCUCCGAAUGUGAAUUUGUGGAUGAGACAAACGAUAGCAUUUAUAUGUUGCUUGUUUUUUAUGAAAGCAAUCGUUUUAAUCAUUUUUCAAUUAUGCCCUGUAUUAUUUGAUAUAGGAGAAUGGUUACUAGGAUGGACAUUAUUUGAUGCAAAAUUACAAGUUGUAUUCGUUAUGUUAAUAUUUCCAUUGAUUAUGAACAUUUUACAAUUUUGGCUUGUUGAUCAAGUUAUAAAGAAAAAAUUGGAACGCGUUAAACUAGAAGAUGAUGAUUUUGAAGAGGGUGAUAGCUGUGUUAGUAUUUCUUCUAAUACUGCUAUACUCGCAAGAGAAACUUUUUCAAAUGAUAAAGAUAAAUUUAGUGGAGGAAAUGAUGGUAUACCUGAUAGUUAUGAGUUACGAAAAACUCCAUCACCUAGCACAAUGAGAGAUGGUUAUUUUUGA